AGUCUUCUUCUCCUUGGGUUUCAUCUUCGUUUUCAUCCGUUAUUUUCUUCGUCUCUAUUGGGGAUGGUCGACUACCUCGGUUAUUCGAAGAUGGAUGAGCAGAUCGCCAUCCAAGAAGCUGCUUCGGCUGGACUAAAGAGCAUGGAACAUCUAAUCCGUUUGCUCUCUCAUCAAAGGUCUCAGAAUCAGCAGCAGAACCAGUUAGAUUGCAGGGAAAUCACAGAUUUCACAGUCUCCAAGUUCAAGAAGGUAAUUUCGCUUCUGAAUCGUACCGGCCAUGCUCGAUUUCGUCGAGGACCUUCUCCUUCCUUUUCUUAUUCUUCUUCUUCUGCUCCGCAUCAGUCUCAAACCCUAAGCUUAAAUCCACACACAACUCCUACUCGAACUACGACUACGGUCAUUCAACCACAACUCCAAAGUCAAAGCCAAACCCAAACCCAAACCCAAACCCUAACGCUUGAUUUCACAAAGCCGAAUCUGGUAAACGCCUGUUCAAAUCUGAGUGAAGUUUCGACCAGUCAAUUCUCCAAGGAUAGUUUCAGCAUCUCUCCUCCGAUGUCUUCUACGAAUUCAUCCUUCAUGUCAUCGAUCACCGGAGACGGCAGCGUAUCUAACGGCAAACUUGGAUCGUCUCUGUUUGUGUCUCCUGCGCCGGCAGUUUCCGCCGGAAAACCACCUCUCUCGUCGUCUUACCGUAAGAAAUGUCACGGCCAUGGUCACUCCGAUGAUGUCUCCGGCAAAUAUAGCGACUCGGGUCGAUGCCAUUGUUCCUCCAAAAGAAGGAAGUCUCGGAUUAAGAAAACGAUAAGAGUUCCGGCGAUAAGUUCAAAGAUGGCUGAUAUUCCUCCCGAUGAAUACUCCUGGAGAAAAUACGGUCAGAAGCCGAUCAAAGGAUCACCGUUCCCACGAGGGUAUUACAAGUGUAGUACUUUAAGAGGGUGUCCGGCGAGAAAACACGUGGAGCGUGCCCCAGACGAUCCAACGAUGCUGAUCGUGACUUACGAGGGGGAGCACCGCCACUCUCAGCAAUCUUUGCCGGAGGUUGUCGCCGGAGUUGGUAAUCUUGUAUUCGAGUCGUCUUGAGGCUUGUUUGACUUUUUUAGGUUUUUUUUUUUUUUGUU